UCACUCUUCAGAAUGACGCCUAACGGCUAGAUUCCUGCGUCCUCAGCUCAGUGACAUGGAAUUCUUCACCGUACUGCUCGUGGCAUUCGGUGCUGGAGCUAUGUCCCGAUACUAUUAUUGUACUCACAUUACUUGUCGGACAGGAAUUCCAUUGGCUGACUUAGAGAGCAGUGCCAACUAUAAGUGGGGAUUGACGAGGCCCGACGGACUGGAUUCUUUCCUCACGAACCCAUCUUAGUUCUGGCUGUUGUUCCUCUGUACGGAGGGAGGUACACGAGUAAUACACCGGUCCAUCUGUGCUGCAGAGGCCAAAUAGUACCUGGCUUAGCGCAGCUCCAAAUCUAAAGCCACGCGAGACAAAUGACGGUGAUGAAGGGAAGAAAGACUAAGAGAGCUGGGAGAAUCAAGGCUGGAAUGUAAUAUAAAGCUGCAAGUGAUCUUUUGACCACCACGGACAGCUUCUGCCGUAUCUCCCUUACCGAGUAGUAUCGUAGUGCUAGGGUGGUUGCUCCUUGGGACC